AUGGAAGCAUCAAAAUUCGCUACCCUUUCAAAGAGGCUCAUACGAAUAUUGCAUCCUCAGUUAUUCCUUCCUCACAAAGAUAAGAAAAACAAACCCACCAAAAAUAAAAAAGAAGAAGAAAUGGCAGAAUUGUUCAUUAAGCAAGCAAAACAAUAUGCGAAGACCAGGCCAAAUUAUCCUCAAGAACUGUUCCAAUUCAUUGCCUCAAAAACACCCACUCAUGACCUCGUAUGGGAUGUUGGCACUGGAAGUGGGCAGGCUGCUCGAUCUGUGAGUUCUCUUAUAUAUCCUCCUCUGUUUCUUUCCCUUAAUAAUGUUCUAAUUGAUGCAAGUUUCUUUCAGCUAGCUGGGAUUUACAAGAAUGUGGUGGGCACAGACACAAGCCUAAAACAACUAGAAUUUGCCCCAAAACUUCCCAAUGUGAGAUACCAACACACUCCUCCCGUUAUGUCAAUGGCUGAGCUUGAACAGACUUUGUCAACGCAGUCUAGUGUUGAUCUAGUGACUAUUGCUCAAGCCAUGCAUUGGUUUGACCUUCCAGCAUUUUACCAACAAGUAAAAUGGGCACUCAAAAAACCUCACGGAGUCAUUGCUGCUUGGUGCUACACAAUUCCUGAAGUAAAUGACUCUGUUGAUUCAGUCUUCAAUCCAUUCUACUACGUUGAUUCUGAUCCUUACUGGGAACCGCAGCGUAAAUUGGUUGACGACAAGUACAUGAGCAUCGAUUUUCCAUUUGAACCGGUUGAAGGAACUGACCACACAGGACCGUUCAAUUUUGUAGCAGAGAAAUUGAUGGACUUAGAUGAGUAUUUUACGUACCUAAGGUCAUGGUCUGCAUACGAAACAGCCAAGGCAAAGGGUGUGGAGCUACUGAGGGAUGAUGUGAUUGAGAAUUUCAAGCGUGCUUGGAAUGAAGAUGGGCAUGGCCGAAAAGUGGUCAAGUUUCCUGUUCAUCUGAAGAUUGGCAAGGUGGGAAAUGUAUAA